CGCUGUAUAAAGCUGAUCUCAUCACUGCUGUGUGUCAGUCUGCUGUCGACGCCCGUGGCCAUCAUGUGGUUCCUCCUGCUGCUCCUGCACGGCGCUCACACCCAGCCGCUGAACUCCAAAGUUGCUGUCAAGGUGAUCCUGUCGGACGAAGACGGCGCCUGCCGAGGCCACGUGGAAGCCUACUACAACCAGACGUGGGGCCAUGUGGGGGACACAGGCUGGGCCCGCAGCACCGAGGAGGUGGUGUGCAGGAGCACCUUCUGCGGGGAGCCUGUGGAGAACGCCACGGCGGACGUCCCCAUGCGCAGGGACAAGGUCUGGCUCAACCAGCUGAGCUGCACGGGUCAGGAGAGAGACCUGAUGGAUUGUCCCGUUCUGGGUCCCGGUCUGGGGCUCAGCUACUACCCAAAGCCCACCGUGAAGAAGAUUCAGUGUUCCAAUGAGAUCAAGAUCGACCUGAAAGGAUCCAGAUGUUCAGGGGCCGUCCGCUACUCCAUCAACGGGAGGGCUGGGUACAUUUGCUCUGAGAACUGGGGGCAGCGUGAGGCCGAGCUGCUGUGUCAGCGCCAGGGAUGUGGUGAAGUGGCAGAGCUUCCUCGUACGGAGAGGUUUCACCCAGAUGACUUCAGGGAGUUUCCAAAGAUGGAGCUCGACUGUUCCACCAUCGACAACGUGACUCACCUGUGGCAGUGUGUGGUCGGACCUCGAGACUGCCGAACCCCUGCCGCUGUCACGUGCAAAGGCCACAAGAGGCUGCAGAUCAGAGGGAGUCCGUCCAACGUGUGCUCUGGACGGCUGGAGAGACGAAAAGACAACAACAAGUGGAUCGCAGUCGCUCACAACCGCACCGAUGCCAGUGCGAUGUGCCGGCAGGUGCACUGCGGGGAGUCUGGUACAAUCGGCCCAGACAACCAGCUGACAUGUUCAGACAACGUCAGUAUAGUUCUGAUGGACCGUGGCAAGGAAACAAAAUGCUACGGUACGGUUAGCGUCAAGGUGAAUGGGAAAAGUGGUCAGCCUGUGUGCGCCACCACCUGGACAUUGGUGGAGGAUGGGCUGGUGUGCAGCGAGCUGGGCUGUGGAAAGAUGGUUCAGAGUACUAAACGACCCAUAUCUCAGCCAGGGAGUAUGGAUUAUGUGGAGUGCAAAGAUGAUGAGUCCUCACUGUACCACUGUCACGCUCGUCGUGGCCGAAUGCAGUCGUGUAUGACUGCUCCUUUCCUCACCUGUUCAGGCAGUGUGGAUGUGAAACUGGUGGAUGGUCCUGAAAGAUGUGCCGGCAGACUGGAGAUCAAACACGAAGGCCAGUUUAGAAGAGUCUCCAAGCUUGGGUGGGACUCAAAAUACUCCAAUAUGGUUUGCCAAAAUUUGACUUGUGGGAAUGCUCGAACCUCAGGAGAAUUUGAAAGAUUCAGUCUAGGCACUGGAGAUGUAGUGACUGUACAAUGCGAUCAAGGAGCACAGAACAUAUCUGAGUGCGUGACAAGGAGCCAAGGCAGACCAGUCGUGGGCACUGAAGUAGUGGAAAUAACCUGUGAAGGCCACAAGGUGGUCUUUCUGCAUGGAGCACAACCCUGUUCUGGCGAGGUCAUGAUCGAGGACGUCAACAAAAUCUAUCAUCUCUCUGGUUCCACGCUGUGGAACCAACAGUCUGCAGACGCAGUGUGUCGACAGAUGAACUGUGGGACUGCCAAAAACUUUACCUCCACACCAAGAGGCAAUGGGACUGAAGAUGUUUGGAAAACUGCUUACGACUGCUCAUCCACCAAUAGCAGCCUGUUUGAAUGCGGCGAAGCAACACUGCAGUCCGACGACCUCAAAGCCGUUGCCGUCGUCAUGUGUUCAGAGACUCGGAACGUGAUGCUGACCCGCGGCUGUUGGGGAAGGGUCGACGUCCUUUCUGAAGGGACACGUGGCGGCGUGUGCGCAGAAUCGUGGACAUCCAAGAAGUCUUCCAGCCUGUGUGAGAGUCUUGGCUGCGGCACAGCCGUCACAGCCAUUGGAAAACCAGAGAACGGCAAUGUUAAGUUCAAGAGUCUGCAAAGUACGAGACACCUUACCAACCUGAACCACAGCAAGGCCAUCAGGAGCGAUGACGAUACGUUCUGUGCCCUAAACCCAGCCUACGUUGUUUGUUCAGAAAGUCUGAAUGUGAGAUUUGAAAAGAGCAGAGAGAAGUGCUCGGGGAAUGUGGUGGUGGACUACGAGGAGAUGUCGCUCCCAGUGUGCUUGGACGCUCUUGGUGACGUGAAAACCCAGAACAUCAUCUGUCGGGAACUGAACUGCGGCAGCGCUCUCAGAACUCUCCCUUACUUUGGACGGAUGCUGGACAGUCCUGUAGCCGUGUCGAAGGUAGAAUGUAAGAAUCCCAACGGCUCCUUCUCGUCAUGUUCUGUCACCCAUGAGAAGACCAGCUGCAAAUAUGGCGGCCUCCAAUGUUCCGACUGGAAGAUGAUGAGCCAAAAAGAAGCCUGCAGUGGAGAGGUCUACGUUCUCUCCGAGGGAACGCAACACCUCGUUUCCUCCGACGGCUGGACCAACACGGAGGGACAAAGAUUCUGCGAGGACAUGAAGUGUGGAAGGCUCAUGUCAAUAAAGGAAAGUGACCCAAACAAUGAGUUCAAACCCUUCUGGACCAGAAGCUUCAGUUGUGGUGGUAAAAAUGUCAGUAAUAUCUGGGACUGCGAGACCGACACCCCGCCAUCACAGACGAAAAAACUUCUCCUCGAAUGUGAAGGUAAAUACGAGGUCACCCUUUCCCAGAACUGUCACGGAGAAUUGAGGAUCGGUAACAAACCAGUCUGCAGUCACAACUGGAACCAGAACUAUUCUCACAUGCUUUGCCAAGAGCUCAAAUGUGGCAAUGCCAUAACUGGGCCCAUGCAAGGAAAUUUGCUGGGUCCUGCGAAGGCGUACGACGUCCACUGCGACAAGCGCCACUAUGAACUGGGCCAGUGCCGGAGAGAGGAAACAAGCUGCACCAAAACGAUCGCGGUGUCUGUUUAUUGCAUGAGCACUAUUGAGUUCAACACCACGCAGCACUGUGGCGGUGUCCUCCAGGUCAAAUUUCAAAAUGAAUGGAAAAGGACGUGCAUAACAGAGGCACUCUUCCCCAACGAAAAGAAGGAAAAACUGUGCAACAAAAUGAAAUGCGGUGGCUACGAUGACACAAAGAAGCAAACACGCAGGGGAACCAAGAGGGAGAACCUGGAGAUCACCCUGCAGUGCAGUGACGGAACCUUCGAUGUCAACUACUGUGUUAAAAGACAGCCUUGCCCAAACUCCUUCCCAGCUGAGAUUUACUGUAAAGAUUAUAUCGAACCAACUGAGCCUCCACCGGAGCCUGUUUCUGUGGGAACAGUCGUUGGACUGGUGUUUCUGGUGAUUCUGCUGGGUGUGAUUCUUGCUUUGUUGGGAUUCUGCCUGAUCAGGAGAGCCAGGAAGUCCGGCAUCUUGUUGAGAAAGAUGAAGCAACAGCAACAGGAGAAGGAGUUUGACAGCGGCAGCUACGAGGAUGUGAAGCGCAGAGACCCUGAAAUAGAAGUCAACCGUCCAGGAUUCCGAGCAGGCGCUGGACUGAUCACUGAAACUGACGCACACAGCACCUCUUACGACGACAUUGAUGGAGCUGUUGAGUCUCAGCCGCUGACUCAUGCGGACGCAGCCACCACUGAUGAAGUGACCUAUGAGGUGGACGACUCAACGGAGGGUUACGACGACAUUGAGGUCACCGAGACCAAAGCUGAAGUCCACCAGAGUCUCAAAGCUGGACGUGAAGGGAACGACGAUGAAGAAGAAGAAGAAGAAGAAGAAGAAGAAGAAGAAGAAGAAGCAGCGAGACGCCGGCAGGAGGAUCAAGACUAUUUAGUGUCAGGAGAAGAUGGGUGAGCGAGUAUAGAGGUAAUUGCUCCGACAUAGCUGGAUGUAAAUGAUCAUCAGCUAAUGUCAUAAGCUUGAAAAUGUGCCGCUUUCUGUGGAUUGUCUCAAAUGCUCUGCUGCGACGUAUCGACACUCCACCAGCUGCUGCUGUGUCCAUACAGAUCUUAAUAUGCUUAACUUUUUCUUACUCAAAAACUUUGAAUACAAACACAAAUUCACAAACAAUAGUAGGACUGCAGCCACAUCUGUCCUCCAGUGGCUGGGAGAAUUUCAGUUUGCCAUUUGGCAUCUUUGGAGCGACGGGCCGUUUUAUUGUAAUUUUGUUAAUUUGAUUGGAAUCAGAUGUGUUGAUGUGCAGACACCAGGCCAUGUAAUGCUUCUGGUGUGAGUCUGAUGUAAGAUAUAUGACUUCUAAUUGGAAUGUGAUGUGUAUAAUAUAUGACUUGACUUGUAUUCAGCAGAUGAUGCUAUAUUUUAUCUGUGUGCUUCAAAUUGUUUGUUUCAGUGUCUCAUUUGCACUCUUGAAGUAUGCAUCGCCAUCCGUAAGCGCUAAAGCACAUUAGCACAGCGUGCAUUUUCUGUCAUUAUAAGUCUUAUCAGGAUGUGCAACAUCAAUUUGCUUUACAUUA